GCGGGGGUUUUCUCUCGCCGGCUCGACUAUCCUUCUCCGGUCGGUGUAACUGCGCUUUUGGCCCGGCUGUGCCCGGGCGAGGAGCGCGGUCGUUGUCCGCUCGCUGGCUGGCGCGGUUAUUGGGCUUGUUGCUUGAACUGACCGCCCUCACCUCCCUCCCGUAGUCUCCUCCGGCCCUACGCCUUAAGGGUGUCUCGGAGCGGUAGCGGCGGCCCCCGGGACUCGGCCUGGGACUGCUAGGGGCCCAUCCCCGCUCCGGGCUCGGAUGGGAGGCGGCGGGAGGAGCGGCCUGGGAUGUUCAGUCUGAUGGCCAAUUGCUGCAGCUGGUUCAAGCGGUGGCGGGAGCCCGUCAGAAAGGUGACUCUUGUGAUGGUGGGACUUGAUAAUGCUGGUAAAACGGCAACAGCAAAGGGAAUCCAAGGAGAGUAUCCUGAAGAUGUAGCUCCUACUGUUGGAUUUUCCAAAAUUGAUCUUAGACAAGGAAAGUUUGAAGUCACCAUCUUUGACCUGGGAGGUGGAAAAAGAAUUCGGGGAAUCUGGAAGAAUUACUAUGCCGAGUCCUAUGGGGUAAUAUUUGUUGUGGAUUCCAGUGAUGAAGAGAGAAUGGAAGAGACAAAAGAGACAAUGUCAGAAGUGCUAAGACAUCCUAGGAUAUCGGGAAAGCCUAUAUUGGUGUUGGCAAAUAAACAAGAUAAGGAAGGGGCUUUAGGAGAAGCUGAUGUGAUUGAAUGUCUAUCUCUGGAAAAACUGGUCAAUGAGCACAAGUGCCUAUGUCAAAUAGAACCUUGUUCAGCAGUCUUGGGAUAUGGAAAGAAAAUUGACAAGUCCAUUAAAAAGGGCCUUUAUUGGCUGCUGCAUAUCAUUGCAAGAGACUUUGAUGCCUUAACUGAACGCAUCCAAAGAGACACAACAGAACAACGAGCUCUUGAGGAACAAGAGAAACGAGAAAGGGCUGAACGAGUACGAAAAUUACGGGAAGAAAGAGAGCAAAGAGAGCGAGAGCAGGCCGAACUCGAUGGCACCAGUGGUCUGGCUGAGUUGGACCCAGAACCGGUUACUGUUAAUCCUUUCCAGCCAAUAGCAUCUGUAAUCAUUGAGAAUGAAAAAAAACUUGAAAGAGAGAAAAAGAGGCAAAAUAUGGAGAAAGACAGUGAUGGCUGUGCUCUGAAACACAAAAUGGAGCAUGAGCAAGAAGAGACACAGAGCCAGAUCAGUGACAGUAGCCAAAAAAACAAUGAGUUUGGAAUAGUAGAAAAUUAUAAGGAGACAUUAACACAGCAGUUGGAGAAUGAAGAUGAGACAGAUCAGCGAUCAUCAGAAUCAGAUAACAGUAGAAAGAAAACUAAGAAACUAAGAAUGAAGAGGAGCCACCGUGUAGAACCUGUUAAAACAGAUGACUCUGCUCCUAAGAGCCCAACACCACCCCCACCUCCUCCUCCUGUUGGCUGGGGAACCCCCAAAGUCACUAGACUUCCAAAACUUGAGCCUCUUGGUGAAACACGUCAUAAUGAUUUCUAUGGGAAGCCACUGCCUCCCCUGGUUGUGCGACAGAGACCUAACAGUGAUGCUCACGACAUCAUCUCGUAACCAGGUCAUACGGUCGCACUCUCUUAAUGUUGGCCGCCUGAACUGGAGGACCUUCUUUCUCCAAGGAGAAAAACCCUGAACAUUGAUGACUGGGGCAGGACACCCUUAGCAGUUUCAGUGAGCCAAAGACCUGACUGAUCUGAUAAUUACUUUUCCAUGUUCUUCAUACUUU